AGUCAUGUUAAUUGUAUUCAAAUCAUUAUCACGACGUGCUUUUCUUACAUCCGAAAAAUGGCUACUUCUCCAAAUACAACAUUAACUUCUCCUAAGAAGAAAGAUGAAUCAAUUCUUGAAAAGAUUGGAACCCUAGGAAGAAAGAAAAAGGUUAAAGAAGCUAUUGAGCUUCAAGAAGAAGGUAAAAAUGCGAUAGAAUCACCAACAAGUCCAACUACAGCAAAUGUUGGCCCAGAAGGGUACUUUCUUGAGGAAAAUGAAGAGAGGUCUAUGAUUGAGCCAACUUCAAGAGAUGAACCUAAAGUUAAAGAACUAAUUAAAUUGCUCCUGGAGUGGAUUAAUGAUGUUUUAGCAGACGACAGGAUUAUUGUCAAGGAUAUAGAAGAGGAUCUUUUCGAUGGGCAGAUUUUACAAAAAUUAAUUGAAAAGUUGGCUGGUAUAAAGGUAGAUGUAACUGAAGUUUCGCAAUCAGAGAUGGGACAGAAACAAAAACUACGCGUUAUUCUUGAUGUUAUAAAUAGAAUAUUAAAUCUGCCGCAACUUGGUGCCUGGACCCAGCAGAAAUGGAGUGUUGAUAGUGUUCAUUCAAAGAAUUUAGUUGCAAUUUUGCACCUCCUUGUGGCUUUGGCGAGACAUUUCCGUGCACCAAUCAGAUUGCCUGAAAAUGUUAAUGUAUAUCUGGUUGUCGUCCAGAAAAGAGAUGGUAUUCUGCAGCCAAGGCGUGUCGCUGAAGAAAUUACAGGGACAAAUGAAGAUGUCGGUGGAAAGUUUGAGCGAGAUGCCUUUGACACUUUGUUUGAUCAUGCACCAGACAAACUCAAUCUUGUGAAAAAGACACUGGUGACCUUUGUGAAUAAGCAACUUCUAAAGGUGAAUUUGGAAGUUUCAGACAUACAUACACAGUUUCAUGAUGGUGUGUACCUUGUUCUAUUGAUGGGACUACUAGAAGGUUAUUUUGUACCAUUACACAGUUUUCAUCUGACCCCUGAAGAGUUUGACCAGAAGGUACACAAUGUAGGUUUUGCCUUUGAAUUGAUGCAGGAUGCUGGACUUCCUAAACCAAAGGCUCGUGCUGAAGAUGUUGUUAACCUUGACCUGAAGUGCACUUUGAGAGUUCUUUACAACAUUUUCACUAAGUACAAGGACACACCAAUGCCGUAAAAGGUCAUGGAUGUAUGACAUUUCUAUGAAAGGUCAAGGUCAUGGAAUAAACAGUUCAGCAAAACGGAGAAUCUCCAAGAUGAAGAGAUCUUUAUUAUUAUACAAGUGCCAAUAUUAUCAUUAUUCGUUCAUAAUUGCAGUUAUUGUUUAAUUUUAGUUGUGUUUUUUUAAGGCAAUCAAAUUAAAAUGUAGAGCAAA